AUGGAGAUGGAAGUCCUUCCAGAAGGGGUUUUUGGGAACGUGUCCUUUCAAGAGAUGUAUCUCGCAAACGAUAAUCUUCAAAGCAUUCAUCCUAGUGCUCUCCUCCCCUCCAAAGAUCGACUGGAAAUACUAAGAAUGGAAUACUGUCAUCUCACUGACUUCCCCUUUGAGAUCAUUCCGGGUAUGAAAGCACUAAAGCAUCUCUACCUGUAUAAGAAUUCCCUCACCUCCGCCCCAGUCAUUCGCAGCGACAGCCUGGAGAUCCUACAUCUCUUUAAUAACCGAAUCGCAUUCCUUCCAGAGGGCGGAUGGUCCAUGCCCAACCUCCAGGAAUUCCAUAUCGGGGAAAACAAUUUGGAGGAGUUGCCACAUGGGAUAGUGACAAGCAUGGAAAAAUUGAUUCAUUUUCGAGCCCAAGAUGACCAAUUCGGACCAGAACUUCGAAGAGACUUUUUGGAAUUCAACAGUCCAAAUUUGAACAUCUUGUAUCUACAUGGCAAUAGCAUAUCAAGCCUUGAAGCAGGCGCUAUUACAGGUCUGAGUCCUAACACAACCAUCUUCAUGACUCGGAAUGCCAUCGAAGAAUUGCACGAAGCCUCCUUCAAACCAAUGGUGGAGAUUCUGGCUCAGGGAACUGGCAUAUUGAACUUGUACGGUAUGACGAAACUCGAGCGUAACAGCGUUGCUUCGCAUUCACAUCUGUGAUAGCUCUGCUCAACUCGUGCCCUCACAAAACAUGGGGGAUCUUAUACCAAAAAUGCUAAAUUGACUAACGCAGAAAAAAAGUCAACUUAGUCACCUAAUUAACAGAUUCGUCUAUUGUAAGCUGAAGGACGUUCUUUGGAAGGAUGAUUUCGAUUGGGAGGGAUAUUUGAUAUCUCUGCAGGAAAUCCCUUGUCCUGUUAGUGCGACAUGGCGUGGUUAGUGACGAAUGAAACACUCCGUCCGAAAGUCACCGGAACGUGCAAGUCAGGGACACGCCUGGAAGAUUUGGAUCCUCAAUUCUUCGAAGACCUCUGUUUCCCUGGGAAUAAGGAUUCCCUAUUGUCUAACAAUCUCAUAUCCACGAGUGAUUAAAGAGAAUUCCACAAGCAAUAAAACAUGAAUGGCGGCAGAAGUUAAUUUUCUGAUGUCGCGCAAGCAGAAGUAACCACAACCAUGCCGAAAUAUUUUACCUGAAUUUCAUGACCUUCGCUUCAACAGUGACCCC